UUUAAGCGGGGGCGGGACUACGCGCCGCGGCCGCGUCGUGGGUGUCCCCCGGGUUCGUGGGCUCGGGCGCCAGGGUCCCGCCGCCAACGUCGGAACUUGGUGGACUCAUGGACCUGAAACUUUUCUCUUGAGAAGCAAACUAGCCCCUCCAAAAAAAUGGCUUUUGUUGCAACACAAGGGGCCACGGUGGUUGACCAAACCACUCUUAUGAAAAAAUACCUGCAGUUUGUGGCAGCUCUCACAGAUGUAAAUACACCUGAUGAAACAAAGUUAAAAAUGAUGCAAGAAGUUAGUGAAAAUUUUGAGAAUGUGACAUCAUCUCCUCAAUAUUCUACAUUCCUGGAACAUAUUAUCCCUCGAUUUCUUACAUUUCUUCAAGAUGGAGAAGUUCAGUUUCUUCAGGAAAAACCAGCCCAGCAACUACGGAAGCUAGUCCUUGAAAUAAUUCAUAGAAUACCAACCAAUGAACAUCUUCGUCCUCAUACAAAAAAUGUUUUGUCUGUGAUGUUUCGCUUUUUGGAGACGGAAAAUGAAGAAAAUGUUCUUAUUUGUCUAAGAAUAAUUAUUGAGCUACACAAACAGUUCAGGCCACCCAUCACACAAGAAAUUCAUCAUUUUUUGGAUUUUGUUAAGCAGAUUUACAAGGAGCUUCCAAAAGUGGUGAAUCGCUACUUUGAGAACCCUCAGGUGAUCCCAGAGAACACCGUCCCUCCCCCAGAAAUGGUGGGUAUGAUCACAACAAUUGCUGUGAAAGUAAAUCCUGAGCGUGAGGACAGUGAGACAAGAACACAUUCCAUCAUCCCAAGAGGAUCUCUUUCUCUCAAAGUGUUGGCAGAAUUGCCCAUUAUUGUUGUUUUAAUGUAUCAGCUCUACAAACUGAAUAUCCACAAUGUUGUUGCUGAGUUUGUGCCCUUGAUCAUGAAUACCAUUGCCAUUCAGGUAUCUGCACAAGCCAGGCAACAUAAACUUUACAACAAGGAAUUGUAUGCUGAUUUCAUUGCUGCCCAGAUUAAAACAUUGUCGUUUUUAGCUUAUAUCAUCAGAAUUUAUCAGGAUUUGGUGACUAAGUACUCUCAGCAGAUGGUAAAAGGAAUGUUGCAGCUACUGUCAAAUUGUCCAGCAGAGACUGCACACCUGAGAAAGGAGCUUCUGAUUGCUGCAAAGCACAUCCUCACAACAGAGCUAAGAAACCAAUUCAUUCCUUGCAUGGACAAGCUAUUUGACGAAUCCAUACUAAUUGGUUCAGGAUAUACUGCUCGAGAGACUCUCAGGCCCCUUGCCUACAGCACCCUGGCUGACCUUGUACACCACGUCCGUCAACAUCUGCCUCUCAGUGACCUUUCCCUCGCUGUCCAGCUCUUUGCCAAGAAUAUUGAUGACGAAUCCCUGCCCAGCAGCAUCCAGACCAUGUCCUGUAAGCUCCUGUUGAACCUGGUGGACUGUAUCCGCUCCAAGAGUGAGCAGGAGAGUGGCAACGGGAGAGAUGUACUGAUGCGGAUGUUGGAGGUUUUUGUUCUCAAAUUCCAUACCAUUGCUCGAUAUCAACUCUCUGCCAUUUUUAAGAAGUGCAAGCCACAGUCAGAACUUGGAGCUGUGGAAGCAGCUCUGCCAGGGGUGCCCACUGCCCCUGCUGCUCCAGGCCCUGCUCCCUCACCUGCUCCAGUGCCCACUCCAGCACCACCCCCACCCCCUCCCCCUACACCUGCCACCCCUGUGACACCAGCCCCUGUGCCUCCCUUCGAGAAGCAAGGAGAAAAGGAUAAGGAAGACAAGCAGACAUUCCAAGUCACAGAUUGCCGAAGUUUGGUAAAAACCUUGGUCUGUGGUGUGAAGACCAUCACGUGGGGCAUAACAUCUUGUAAAGCACCUGGUGAAUCUCAGUUCAUUCCCAACAAGCAGUUACAGCCCAAAGAGACUCAGAUUUACAUAAAACUUGUGAAAUAUGCAAUGCAGGCUUUAGAUAUUUAUCAGGUCCAGAUAGCAGGAAAUGGACAAACAUACAUUCGAGUAGCAAACUGCCAGACUGUUAGAAUGAAGGAAGAAAAGGAGGUAUUGGAACACUUUGCUGGUGUGUUCACAAUGAUGAAUCCCUUAACAUUUAAAGAAAUCUUCCAAACGACAGUCCCUUACAUGGUGGAACGAAUCUCAAAAAAUUAUGCUCUUCAGAUUGUUGCCAAUUCCUUCUUGGCAAAUCCUACUACCUCUGCCCUGUUUGCCACAAUUCUGGUGGAAUAUCUUCUUGACCGCCUGCCUGAAAUGGGUUCCAAUGUGGAGCUCUCCAACCUGUACCUCAAGCUGUUUAAGUUGGUCUUUGGCUCAGUCUCCCUCUUUGCAGCUGAAAAUGAACAAAUGCUGAAGCCUCACCUGCACAAGAUUGUCAACAGCUCAAUGGAGCUUGCACAGACUGCCAAGGAGCCCUAUAACUACUUCCUGCUGCUUCGGGCCCUGUUCCGCUCCAUUGGGGGAGGUAGCCAUGAUCUCCUGUAUCAGGAAUUUUUGCCUCUAUUACCGAACCUCCUACAAGGGCUGAACAUGUUACAAAGUGGCCUGCAUAAGCAGCACAUGAAGGACCUCUUCGUGGAGCUGUGUCUGACAGUGCCCGUACGGCUGAGCUCUCUCUUGCCCUAUCUGCCCAUGUUAAUGGAUCCUUUGGUGUCUGCUCUUAAUGGGUCUCAGACAUUGGUGAGCCAAGGCCUGAGGACUCUGGAGUUGUGUGUAGAUAAUCUACAGCCGGAUUUUCUCUACGACCACAUUCAACCUGUGCGCGCAGAACUCAUGCAGGCUUUAUGGCGCACUUUGCGGAAUCCUGCUGAUAGCAUUUCUCAUGUGGCCUAUCGUGUACUGGGUAAAUUUGGUGGCAGUAAUAGGAAGAUGUUAAAGGAAUCCCAGAAGCUGCACUAUGUUGUGACUGAAGUUCAAGGCCCCAGUAUUACAGUGGAAUUUUCUGAUUGUAAAGCAUCUCUUCAGCUUCCAAUGGAGAAGGCCAUUGAAACUGCUCUGGACUGCCUGAAAAGUGCCAACACUGAGCCCUACUACCGGAGGCAGGCGUGGGAAGUGAUCAAGUGCUUCCUGGUGGCAAUGAUGAGUCUGGAAGACAAUAAACACGCUCUUUACCAGCUCCUUGCACACCCCAACUUUACAGAAAAGACUAUACCUAAUGUCAUCAUAUCACAUCGCUACAAAGCCCAAGACACCCCAGCCCGGAAGACGUUUGAGCAGGCUCUGACUGGGGCUUUCAUGUCUGCUGUCAUUAAAGACCUCCGGCCCAGUGCCCUGCCCUUUGUGGCCAGCUUGAUUCGCCACUACACCAUGGUGGCAGUUGCCCAACAGUGUGGUCCUUUCUUGCUGCCCUGCUAUCAGGUGGGCAGCCAGCCCAGCACAGCCAUGUUUCACAGUGAAGAAAAUGGGUCGAAAGGAAUGGAUCCUUUGGUUCUUAUUGAUGCAAUAGCUAUUUGUAUGGCAUAUGAAGAAAAGGAACUUUGUAAGAUUGAGGUGGCCCUAGCUGUGAUAUUUGAUGUUGCCAGUAUCAUUCUGGGCUCAAGGAGAGGGUAAGGAUUGAGGAGGGCAUGCCAACUCCCUCUGUUUUCUUACAUUGUGGAACGCUUGUGUGCCUGUUGUUAUGAACCCUGGUAUGCAAAGCUGGGUGGUGUGGUGUCCAUUAAGUUCCUCAUGGAGCGACUGCCUCUCACUUGGGUUCUCCAGAACCAGCAGACAUUCCUCAAAGCACUUCUUUUUGUCAUGAUGGACUUAACAGGAGAGGUCUCCAAUGGGGCAGUCGCCAUGGCAAAGACCACCCUGGAGCAGUUGUUGAUGAGGUGUGCGACACCUUUAAAAGAUGAGGAGAGAGUCGAUGAAAUCGUGGCCGCUCAGGAGAAGUCUUUUCACCAUGUGACACAUGACUUGGUUCGAGAAGUCACCUCUCCAAACUCUACUGUGAGAAAACAGGCUAUGCAUUCCCUGCAGGUAUGCCAGGUCACUGGAAAAAGUGUGACAGUGAUUAUGGAACCCCAUAAAGAGGUCCUCCAGGAUAUGGUCCCACCUAAGAAGCAUCUGCUGAGACACCAGCCUGCCAAUGCACAGAUUGGCCUCAUGGAGGGGAACACAUUCUGUACCACAUUGCAGCCCAGACUUUUCACAAUGGAUCUUAACGUGGUGGAGCAUAAGGUGUUCUACACAGAGCUGUUGAAUUUGUGUGAGGCUGAAGAUUCAGCUUUAACUAAGCUGCCCUGUUAUAAAAGCUUGCCGUCACUUGUCCCUUUACGAAUUGCAGCAUUAAAUGCACUUGCUGCCUGCAAUUACCUUCCUCAGUCUAGAGAGAAGAUCAUUGCUGCGUUGUUCAAGGCCCUUAAUUCCACGAAUAGUGAACUCCAGGAGGCUGGAGAAGCCUGUAUGAGAAAGUUUUUAGAAGGUGCUACCAUAGAAGUAGAUCAAAUCCACACACAUAUGCGACCUUUGUUGAUGAUGCUGGGGGAUUAUCGGAGCUUGACGCUGAACGUUGUAAACCGUCUGACUUCAGUCACCAGGCUCUUCCCAAAUUCCUUCAAUGAUAAAUUUUGUGACCAGAUGAUGCAACAUCUGCGAAAGUGGAUGGAAGUGGUGGUCCUCACCCAUAAAGGGGGCCAGAGGAGCGACGGAAACGAAAUGAAAAUUUGUUCAGCAAUUAUAAACCUUUUUCAUCUGAUCCCAGCUGCACCUCAAACUCUGGUCAAGCCUUUGUUAGAGGUUGUGAUGAAAACAGAACGGGCUAUGUUGAUUGAGGCCGGCAGUCCAUUCAGAGAGCCUCUGAUCAAGUUCUUGACUCGGCACCCUUCUCAGACAGUAGAGCUGUUCAUGAUGGAAGCAACACUGAAUGAUCCCCAGUGGAGCCGAAUGUUUAUGAGCUUUUUAAAACACAAAGAUGCCAGACCUCUGCGUGAUGUGCUGGCAGCUAACCCUAACAGGUUCAUCACCCUGCUGCUGCCUGGUGGCACCCAGACAGCCGUGCGACCUGGCUCGCCCAGCACCAGCACUAUGCGUCUGGAUCUUCAGUUUCAAGCCAUCAAGAUCAUAAGUAUUAUAGUUAAAAAUGAUGACUCCUGGCUGGCCAAUCAACAUUCUCUGGUGAGCCAGUUGAGACGAGUGUGGAUUAGUGAAACCUUUCAAGAAAGACACCGGAAGGAGAACAUGGCUGCCACAAACUGGAAGGAGCCCAAGCUGCUGGCCUACUGUCUGCUGAAUUAUUGCAAAAGAAAUUAUGGAGAUAUAGAAUUGUUGUUUCAACUGCUCCGAGCCUUUACUGGUCGCUUUUUAUGCAACAUGACAUUCCUGAAAGAGUAUAUGGAGGAAGAGAUUCCCAAAAAUUACAGCAUUUCUCAAAAGCGUGCGCUGUUUUUCCGCUUUGUAGACUUCAAUGACCCCAACUUCGGAGAUGAACUGAAAGCUAAGGUUCUGCAGCAUAUCUUGAAUCCUGCUUUCUUAUAUAGCUUUGAGAAAGGGGAAGGAGAGCAGCUCUUAGGACCUCCCAAUCCAGAAGGCGAUAACCCAGAAAGCAUCACCAGUGUGUUUAUAACCAAGGUCCUUGACCCAGAGAAACAAGCAGACAUGCUGGACUCCCUGAGGAUCUACCUCCUGCAGUAUGCCACGCUGCUGGUGGAGCACGCCCCCCACCACAUCCAUGACAACAACAAGAAUCGCAACAGCAAGUUGCGCCGCCUGAUGACCUUUGCAUGGCCCUGCCUGCUCUCCAAGGCCUGCGUUGAUCCAGCCUGCAAAUAUAGUGGACACUUACUUUUGGCACACAUUAUUGCCAAAUUUGCAAUACAUAAGAAAAUUGUCCUUCAGGUUUUUCACAGUCUUCUCAAGGCCCAUGCAAUGGAAGCUCGAGCAAUCGUCAGACAAGCAAUGGCCAUUUUGACUCCAGCAGUGCCAGCCAGAAUGGAGGAUGGACACCAGAUGCUGACGCACUGGACCAGAAAGAUCAUUGUGGAGGAGGGACACACAGUCCCUCAGCUGGUGCAUAUUUUGCAUUUGAUAGUACAGCAUUUUAAGGUAUACUAUCCAGUGCGUCACCACUUGGUGCAGCACAUGGUCAGCGCCAUGCAGAGGUUAGGCUUCACACCUAGUGUCACUAUCGAGCAGAGAAGGCUCGCCGUGGACCUAUCUGAAGUUGUCAUCAAAUGGGAACUGCAAAGGAUCAAAGACCAGCAGCCGGAUUCAGAUAUGGACCCUAAUUCAAGUGGAGAAGGAGUCAACUCUGUCUCAUCUUCCAUUAAGAGAGGCCUGUCAGUAGAUUCCGCCCAGGAAGUAAAACGCUUUCGGACAGCCACAGGAGCCAUCAGUGCGGUGUUUGGGAGGAGCCAAUCUCUGCCUGGAGCGGAUUCCCUUCUUGCCAAGCCCAUUGAUAAGCAGCAUACAGACACUGUGGUGAACUUCCUCAUACGUGUGGCUUGUCAGGUUAAUGACAACACCAAUACUGCGGGGUCUCCCGGAGAAGUGCUCUCCCGCCGGUGUGUGACUCUUCUGAAGACUGCCUUGAGACCAGACAUGUGGUCCAAGUCAGAGCUCAAGCUGCAGUGGUUUGACAAGCUGCUGAUGAGUGUGGAACAGCCUAAUCAAGUCAACUAUGGAAACAUCUGCACAGGAUUGGAGGUGCUGAGUUUCUUGCUGACUGUUCUCCAGUCUCCAGCCAUCCUUAGUAGCUUCAAACCCCUGCAGCGUGGGAUUGCUGCCUGUAUGACGUGUGGGAACACCAAAGUUUUGCGAGCCGUACAUAGCCUUCUCUCGCGCCUGAUGAGUAUUUUCCCAACAGAGCCAAGUACUUCCAGUGUGGCCUCCAAGCACGAGGAGUUGGAGUGCCUCUAUGCUGCCGUUGGAAAGGUCAUCUAUGAGGGACUUACCAACUAUGAGAAGGCCACCAGUGCGAACCCCUCUCAGCUCUUUGGGACCCUUAUGAUCCUCAAAUCAGCCUGCAGCAACAACCCAAGUUACAUAGACAGACUGAUCUCAGUCUUCAUGCGUUCCCUCCAGAAGAUGGUCCGAGAGCACUUAAACCCACAGGCUGCAUCAGGCAGCACAGAAGCAACCUCAGGAACUAGUGAGCUGGUGAUGCUAAGUCUGGAACUGGUGAAAACACGUCUGGCUGUGAUGAGCAUGGAGAUGAGGAAGAAUUUUAUUCAGGCCAUCCUAACCUCCCUUAUUGAGAAAUCAUCAGAUGCCAAAAUCCUCCGGGCUGUGGUUAAAAUUGUGGAAGAAUGGGUUAAAAAUAAUUCUCCAAUGGCAGCCAAUCAGACACCUACCCUCCGGGAGAAGUCCAUUUUGCUUGUGAAAAUGAUGACUUACAUAGAAAAACGCUUUCCAGAAGACCUUGAAUUAAAUGCCCAGUUUUUAGACCUCGUUAACUAUGUCUACAGGGAUGAGACACUGUCAGGUAGUGAGCUGACUGCAAAACUGGAGCCUGCCUUUCUCUCUGGGCUGCGUUGUGCCCAGCCGCUCAUCAGGGCAAAAUUUUUUGAGGUUUUUGACAACUCCAUGAAACGCCGGGUCUAUGAGCGCCUGCUUUAUGUGACUUGUUCCCAGAAUUGGGAAGCCAUGGGUAACCACUUUUGGAUCAAGCAGUGCAUUGAGCUUCUCUUGGCAGUUUGUGAGAAGGGCACUCCCAUUGGUACCAGCUGCCAAGGAGCUAUGCUCCCAUCCAUCACCAACGUCAUCAACCUGGCUGACAGCCAUGACCGAGCAGCCUUCGCCAUGGUCACUCAUGUCAAACAGGAACCCCGGGAGCGAGAGAACAGCGAGUCCAAAGAGGAGGAUGUGGAGAUCGAUAUUGAACUAGCUCCUGGAGAUCAAACUAGCACCCCCAAAACCAAAGAACUUUCUGAGAAGGACAUUGGAAACCAGCUGCACAUGUUAACCAACAGACAUGACAAAUUUCUCGAUACUCUCCGGGAAGUAAAGACUGGAGCACUGCUCAGCGCUUUUGUCCAGCUGUGUCACAUUUCCACAACACUGGCAGAAAAGACAUGGGUCCAGCUUUUUCCUAGAUUGUGGAAAAUUCUGUCUGACAGACAGCAGCAUGCCCUUGCAGGUGAGAUCAGUCCCUUCCUGUGCAGCGGCAGUCACCAGGUGCAGCGCGAUUGCCAGCCCAGCGCUCUGAACUGCUUUGUGGAAGCCAUGUCCCAGUGCGUCCCUCCAAUUCCCAUCAGACCCUGCGUCCUGAAGUACUUGGGGAAAACACACAACCUUUGGUUCCGCUCCACAUUAAUGCUGGAGCAUCAAGCUUUUGAAAAAGGUCUGAGUCUACAGAUUAAGCCAAAGCAGACGACAGAAUUUUAUGAGCAGGAGAGUAUAACUCCACCUCAGCAGGAGAUACUGGAUUCCCUUGCUGAGCUUUACUCUUUAUUACAAGAGGAAGAUAUGUGGGCUGGCUUAUGGCAGAAGCGGUGCAAGUAUUCUGAGACAGCAACUGCCAUUGCUUAUGAGCAGCAUGGAUUCUUUGAGCAGGCACAAGAAUCCUAUGAAAAGGCAAUGGAUAAAGCCAAAAAAGAACAUGAGAGGAGUAAUGCAUCGCCUGCUAUUUUCCCAGAAUACCAGCUUUGGGAGGACCACUGGAUUCGGUGCUCGAAGGAAUUGAACCAGUGGGAAGCCUUGACAGAAUACGGCCAGUCCAAAGGUCAUAUAAACCCAUAUCUCGUCCUGGAAUGUGCUUGGCGGGUGUCCAACUGGACUGCCAUGAAGGAGGCAUUGGUGCAGGUAGAAGUAAGUUGUCCAAAGGAGAUGGCUUGGAAGGUCAACAUGUACCGAGGAUACCUGGCUAUCUGCCACCCUGAAGAGCAGCAGCUCAGCUUCAUCGAACGCCUGGUCGAAAUGGCUAGCAGCCUGGCCAUCCGUGAGUGGCGGCGACUGCCCCAUGUGGUGUCACAUGUGCACACACCUCUUCUCCAGGCAGCCCAGCAAAUCAUUGAACUUCAAGAAGCUGCACAAAUAAAUGCAGGCUUACAGCCGACCAACCUAGGAAGGAACAACAGCCUGCAUGACAUGAAGACGGUGGUGAAGACCUGGAGGAACAGGCUGCCCAUUGUGUCUGACGACUUGUCCCACUGGAGCAGCGUCUUCAUGUGGAGACAGCAUCAUUACCAGGCCAUUGUAACUGCAUAUGAAAAUAGUUCUCAGCAUGAUCCAAGUUCAAAUAAUGCCAUGCUUGGAGUUCAUGCAUCAGCUUCAGCAAUUAUUCAGUAUGGAAAAAUUGCCCGAAAACAAGGAUUAGUCAACGUAGCUUUGGAUAUAUUAAGUCGUAUUCAUACUAUCCCAACUGUUCCUAUUGUGGAUUGCUUCCAGAAGAUUCGACAGCAAGUCAAAUGUUACCUGCAACUGGCAGGAGUCAUGGGGAAAAACGAGUGUAUGCAGGGCCUUGAAGUUAUUGAAUCUACAAAUUUAAAAUACUUUACAAAAGAGAUGACAGCUGAAUUUUAUGCACUGAAGGGGAUGUUCCUGGCUCAGAUCAACAAAUCUGAAGAAGCAAAUAAAGCCUUUUCUGCAGCUGUGCAAAUGCAUGAUGUGCUGGUGAAAGCAUGGGCAAUGUGGGGCGAUUACCUAGAGAACAUCUUUGUGAAGGAACGGCAACUGCAUCUUGGAGUGUCUGCUAUCACCUGUUACCUGCACGCUUGCCGGCAUCAGAAUGAAAGCAAAUCAAGGAAAUACUUAGCCAAGGUGCUGUGGCUUUUGAGUUUUGAUGAUGAUAAAAAUACUUUGGCAGAUGCUGUUGACAAAUACUGCAUCGGCGUGCCUCCCAUCCAGUGGCUGGCCUGGAUCCCACAGCUACUCACUUGCUUGGUUGGCUCCGAAGGAAAGCUGCUUUUGAAUCUUAUUAGCCAGGUUGGACGAGUGUAUCCCCAAGCAGUCUACUUUCCCAUCCGGACCCUGUACCUGACUCUGAAAAUAGAGCAGCGGGAACGCUACAAGAGUGAUCCAGGGCCCAUUAGAGCAACAGCACCCAUGUGGCGCUGCAGCCGAAUCAUGCACAUGCAGCGGGAACUCCACCCAACCCUUCUGUCUUCUCUGGAAGGCAUCGUCGAUCAGAUGGUCUGGUUCAGAGAAAACUGGCACGAAGAGGUUCUCAGGCAGCUUCAACAGGGCCUGGCAAAAUGUUACUCGGUUGCAUUUGAGAAAAGUGGAGCUGUAUCUGAUGCCAAAAUUACCCCCCACACCCUCAAUUUUGUUAAGAAGUUGGUGAGCACUUUUGGGGUGGGCCUGGAGAACGUGUCCAACGUCUCAACUAUGUUCUCCAGUGCAGCCUCCGAGUCUCUAGCCAGGCGGGCGCAGGCCACUGCUCAGGACCCUGUCUUCCAGAAGCUGAAGGGCCAGUUCACAACUGAUUUUGACUUCAGUGUUCCAGGAUCCAUGAAACUUCAUAAUCUCAUUUCUAAAUUGAAAAAGUGGAUCAAAAUCCUAGAGGCUAAAACCAAGCAACUUCCAAAAUUCUUCCUCAUAGAAGAAAAGUGCCGGUUUUUGAGCAAUUUCUCAGCACAGACAGCUGAAGUAGAAAUUCCUGGGGAAUUUCUGAUGCCAAAGCCUACACAUUAUUAUAUCAAGAUUGCUCGGUUUAUGCCCAGGGUAGAAAUUGUACAGAAGCACAACACUGCGGCCAGGAGACUGUACAUACGCGGACACAACGGCAAGAUCUACCCCUACCUUGUCAUGAAUGAUGCCUGCCUGACUGAGUCACGGAGGGAGGAGCGUGUGCUGCAGCUGCUUCGCCUGCUAAACCCCUGUUUGGAGAAGAGAAAGGAAACCACAAAGAGACAUUUAUUUUUCACAGUACCACGAGUUGUGGCGGUAUCGCCACAGAUGCGCCUUGUGGAAGACAAUCCCUCCUCCCUCUCCCUGGUGGAGAUCUACAAACAGCGCUGUGCCAAGAAGGGCAUUGAGCACGACAACCCCAUCUCCCGGUACUAUGACAGACUGGCCACAGUGCAGGCUCGAGGGACCCAAGCCAGCCACCAGGUCCUUCGUGAUAUCCUCAAGGAAGUUCAGAGUAACAUGGUACCACGCAGCAUGCUUAAAGAGUGGGCCUUGCACACCUUUCCCAACGCCACAGACUACUGGACCUUUCGGAAGAUGUUCACCAUCCAGCUGGCACUGAUUGGCUUUGCGGAAUUCGUCUUGCAUUUAAAUAGACUCAACCCUGAGAUGCUGCAGAUCGCUCAGGACACAGGCAAACUGAAUGUUGCCUACUUUCGAUUUGAUAUAAAUGAUGCAACCGGAGACUUAGAUGCCAACCGUCCUGUCCCUUUCCGCCUCACACCCAACAUUUCAGAAUUUCUGACCACCAUUGGUGUCUCUGGCCCAUUGACUGCCUCCAUGAUUGCAGUCGCCCGGUGCUUUGCCCAGCCAAACUUCAAGGUGGACGGCAUUCUGAAGACUGUGCUUCGAGAUGAAAUCAUUGCUUGGCAUAAAAAAACACAGGAAGACACUUCCUCUCCUCUCUCGGCUGCCGGGCAACCUGAGAACAUGGACAGCCAACAACUGGUGUCCCUGGUCCAGAAAGCCGUCACUGCCAUCAUGACCCGCCUGCACAACCUCGCUCAGUUUGAAGGUGGGGAGAGCAAAGUAAACACUUUGGUGGCUGCUGCAAACAGCCUGGACAACCUGUGCCGCAUGGACCCUGCCUGGCACCCGUGGCUGUGACCACAGCUCCUCCCGCCACCCAGAAUGUGAAGGGUGCCUCUCGAAUGCUGAGUCCAUGCCUUUAUGGCUCCUCUCUGCCUUGUUCAUUUUAUUACAAAGGUCAUGCAGUUUGACUGGGCUGCAGUUAUCUUCCUGGUAGUUUGUGUGUGAAAGAGGGUGAAUUUUAUUUUAGAAGGAGCUGAACUAUGAGAGUGAGGCCAUUAGAAAUGGCAGAGCUGAAACUGUCAAUUUUUAAAUAACCUUUUAAGAAACCAGGAUUCCUAGUCUGGAAUUUCUUUGUGAAUUCUUUUUUACUGUACUCCUCUCUAUGUGAAUGUACAGAUUGAAUUUAGAGAACAAUUCCUCUUGUCCUUUUUUAACUCUUUACAAGUGACACUUCACAGGAGCGUCGUGGUUCUGAAUGGACCUUCACGCAGCGUCCAGGGAGCCCGCAUGGUUAGAAACAGGACUUAGCAGACAAGCCGAGCCGAGGCUCCCCUAAGCACAAGCUUCCAUGCUGUAAAAGACCAGCUCUGGGAAGCUCCUGAGCAUUUGACGUGCAUCAGAAGAGCCUCGUCUCCUGCUGGGGAAGUCGUUUGUUGUACAUUCAGAGUUGGAUUCAACUGGGAGAAAACAACUGUGAAAGUUGGCAGGUGAAUCUUACGCUUUUUAUCAGCUAGCUCUUUGGAUGUCUUCUAGACAUUGUACCUUUAAAAAGAAAAAAAAGACCUACUUUUUCCUUCCUAACUUAAAAAGAAACAGCAACGAAUGUUUCUGUUAACUCCAGUCUGUUGAUGUUCACAUUUUUAUAAAUAUGAGCAUUGAGAAUGUUCUGUCUAAAUUUGUACAGUGUGAUUUUUUUAGAAUAAAUAUUUUGUAAAAGGAAGUGUUGUCCUUUAUUUUGGC